GUUGUUCGGAGCAUCCUCGGCUUUUUCCGCCCCACUUCUUACUAUUCUACCUCGUGAAGUGAAUGCAUCUCUAACAACGCAUGAUCUUCUCGUCCUUCCAACUCACUUGAACCCAGGCGAGCGAUGAGGCAGCAGCAGCACCCGAUAUGCGCACCCUCAUCCUCCCCAUCGGUCCUCCAGGAUCCGGCAAGUCCACCUUAACCAACGGCCUACAACAAUUCAUGACCGCCAUCGCCCGCCCAUGCUCUGUUGCCAACCUAGACCCGGCUAACGAUAAUAUCCCCUACGACCCCGCCUUUGAUGUCCGUGACCUCGUCUCCGUGGAGGAGGUGAUGGAGCGCGAGGAGUUGGGGCCCAACGGCGGUGUGCUAUGGGCGAUGGAGGAGGUGGAAGCCAAUAUCGAUUGGUUGGAAGAGAAGAUGAAAGACUGUGAGGAGACGGUGGUGCUAGAUCCGCCGGGGCAGCCGGAGUUGAUGCAGCAUCAUAUGGCUUUGCCAAGGAUACUGCAAAGACUAGAGAAAGUGGGAUGGCGUAUCGUGGUCGUCCAACUCCUCGACUCGGUCGUCCUGACUAGACCGAGUCUCUAUCUUAGCAGCCUCUUGCUGUGCGUGAGAGGCAUGCUACACCUACCGUACCCUAUUGUCAACGUCUUGACCAAGAUCGACAACCUCGCCUCCCUCGGCGGCGCCGACUUGCCCUUCAACCUCGACUUUUACACAGAGGUCCAAGACCUGCACUAUCUCCUCCCCACUCUCGCCGCCGAAAAUCCAACCGCCAAUCCAGAUGCGGACUCGAAGUGGCAGCGCCUAAACGAAGCCCUCAUCGAGCUAAUCUCCAGCUUCGGCCUAGUGGGUUUCGAAACCCUAGCAGUCGAAGACCGCGCUUCCAUGGCUUCCCUCCUCGCCGCCCUCGACCGCGCAAGCGGCUACGUCUUCACGGGCACGCGAGGCACAGACGAGGUGGGAAAGACGGUGGAGGAUGAGGCGAGCGUGUGGGCGCAGGCGAUGAGCGAGCAGUGGGCGGGAAAGAUGGAUGUGAGAGAUGUGCAGGAGCGGUGGAUUGAGCGGAGGGAGGAGUUUGAUGAGGUGGAGAGUGGAGGUAGCGGCACGACAAAGGUCCGAAAGAAGCGCUGAAUCCAAUUCUCCCAGCCAUAGCACGUGAUGCAGGCAGGCACCAUAGCGACCUCUGUCUUCAAGACACCAUCGGGACACUCAACCCACCACUAUGCUCU